AUGGAGAACGUACCUGAAAUGGCUGUGGUUCGGAAUGAAUUUGAUAGAAUUGGAGGUAAUUAUGCUCCUGAAAAUUCUUUGCUCAUUGGACUUACACCUCCUUCCUUUGAGCAGUGCGAUAACCAGAAUUCUUCUGGCUUCCAAGAUGAUGAUACAUGGUGGGAUUCUUUCUCUAUGGAAGAUUAUAACUACCGAAACAACUUGGUGAAAGAUGCAGAGAACUUCCAACACACUGGUAAUAUCGAAGAUUUGUUCGCCAGCGGCCCAAAAUGCCCUGUGGAUUAUGUCGAACCACAAGUAGCCAAGAGACGAAAGUUCAAUUCCGAUUCAACUAAAAGUUCUUCAUCUGCAACAAGGACUCUAGAAGCUGUCAGUCCAAUCAAUGAAUCCUUGUCCAUUUUCUCCCCACAGGCCAUGCCAAAUCAAAAGAUAGCAGAGCCAAACUCGUCGUCGAACACUACCCCUAAGGUCACAAGCCAAAUUACUCAGCAUCCGACUGGACAAAAAUCACUUCUUUCUCAGGAACCACCAUCUGGAUUGAAAAAUUCUAACAUUGACCUCCCAAACACACCAUUCAAUGGUCAGGGUACAAACCUUGGAACCAUACCAAUCAUCAGUCCGGUUUCUUCACUUAAUAUCCACCUUUCGGAAUCAUCUACAGUCGCAAUCACUACUCCAGAAAUCUUUCAAACUGCUUCAUCAACUCACCUUGUUUCUAUACCAGAAUCUCAACAAAUGCUUCAGCAACAACCUUGUGGAGUUGCUGGCAUUCCUCUAGGGCCCACCAUCUUGCAAAGUCCGCAAAUGCAAGUUGACUCGAAUGUCUCUGGUCAUCAAUUUUCACCUCAACAUUCACAUAAACAGCGGCAAUCAUUUACUGAAUUUCUUCCCGAACAAAAUCCUGGUUUUACGCCACUUCAACCACCGGUCAACCAACAACCUGCAUCUGUCUCAGAAGGCUCAGUUCAAGCUAGCCAACAACCUACAGGACACGCCACGAGACUCUGUCUCCCAACUCCACCAACCUCUAAUACAGACCUUCAACAAUCCUCGCCAGUUUUAGAUAGGAGUUCGAUUAAACCUCAGCUUAGAGAAGUCAUGGAAAAGUUUGAGAACAAGAUUAAGAUGGAUGCGGAACUUAGACAAGCUUUCAACAUUAUCUUUCCUGCACGAAGUAUUGAAGUAGAAGAAUUGAAGCAAAAGAUGCUCAACGAAAGACGUCAAGCUGCGCUUAAAGAAAAUGCUUUGAAAAAAACAAUCACCGAAUAUCAAGAUAAUGCAACAGCUCAAGAAGCUUUACAGACUAGAGCAAUGGGUCUUCUUACACAGCUCAGAACAGAUCCUAAACACGAUCGUUCUUGGGUAUGUCUAAAUUAUAAUAAAAAUGGUCAACUAUGCAAUCACAUUCAGAAGGAAUUCUAUUUACUGGCAAAGGUUUGGAGAAGACGAGAAAGAUGUUCCAAAUGCAAAACAAAGACACAUGAGCUAAGUCGAAAAUACCUCGAUGAUGAUGCAGCUAUUUCAUCAUGGAACUUUGAAAAAGAUGGUCCCGCCAUGUCAGAAAAUACGCAGUCAUUGAAGCGUACAAGAGAUAUGACCGAUAAACCAGCAGUUACUCCUCUGUUAUUCGUUGAUUCGAAUCGUCGCCAGUCAUUACCUAGUCUUACUGCUGCUGGAAAAGAUCUUCAACAAGAUUCGAGUUCCAGAUGGGCUUCAUUACCACCACUUACCAAGAAGAAGACUCGGAAUCACUUACCCUUGAAUAAUACUAAGGAAACACGGGAUACCUUAAGAGUAGCACUCGGAACGGCAUCUAAGGCAUGGAUGCAAGCACCAAAGCAAAUAGAGACUAUUGUUUUAGAUGAUGAUAAUGAGAAGGAAGUCGGAACAGAUCAAUUAGGAGGAAGCCCUGAUAAUACCCCAGCAGCUGAAGCAGAGAUCGGCUUUGAAGAUUCUAUGGAAGCUGAUUUUGAUGCUGCUUUUAAUGCUGACCUUGAAGCGGAAUUAGAAGCUGAUCUCACUGCUGCUUUUGAGGAAGAACUUGUAUAG